ACAUGCUCCGAGGCAGGUGAUAACUGCUGGCAAACGUACAGUACUGUACCGGAGCAAUACCUUUUCUACCGCAGCGUAACAGCCAAGAAUCUCCCCGACUUCAAGGAUUAAUAUCACAGGCUGACAGACUUUAUCUUCGCUGGGACUGUCAAGUCUCAAAAGCUGCGACAGAGGACAAUGUUUCUCCUGCAGUACACCGACGGGAACUGUAACAUAGCUUCUAAAUCCAUGACGAUGCCCAUGUCAGACCCCAGCGCCUGGGCAACAGCCAUGAGCAACCUGGGGAUGCCUCCGAUAAGCAUGACUGGAAGGCAGCUUAUGCCAGGUACCACAGAUUUUGACCCCAGUCUCGGGCUGAUGACUGGCAUUGCCCCCAUAAAUCCCUUGAUGCCCAGCCUGGGCCUGGCGCCCCCGCCCCUCUCCCAGGAUGUACCAGUUGUCAAGGAGAUCAUCCACUGCAAGAGCUGCACGCUGUUUCCUCCAAACCCCAUCUAGGUUGCGAAACUGGUUCGGGAACAUGUACAGCUGAACCGAAGCCCUGGUUACUGGCUGAAGCGGCUUUGUUUUGGAACACACUACCUUACUUUUCAGGACCCACCCUGCUCUGUUUAUGGUUAGUAGUCCUUAGCUAGGUACUGCGCAUGUGCAAGUCGCAACAAAGAUCAAAUAGAAGUGAUAUUCUUCACUCUGUAGCUAAAACGGAUUUUUGAAAAUGUAACCAUGUAAACCUAUUCUGGUAUAUAAAAUGAGCAUAAAAGGACCUCUUUAAACUGUCUGAGUGUAUCAUAAGUGAGCCCCAUUUUCAUUUAUAUUUGUAUGUCAUUUGUUUGAUUUCA